AUGGAAUCAUCUGUCACAUUUAACAAGAUUUCUCAAAAUUCAAUACUUAUUUGUAAAAUAUCCCUAAGUCCACUAAAUAUUCCCGAUUGUUUGUACAUCCAUAUCGAAGCACAUGUUUACACACCAAUAAUAAAGGAAAAAAUACUAACAUCUCUCCCUAUUUUUUAUGAACCUAUAAAUCUUGAAUUUUAUUACAAGUGUGUUAUACCUUACAAUGCUGUUCCUACAUUUGAGAGUGAACACUAUAAAGUACACUAUAAAUUAGUUAUGACUUUUGUAUCAGGAAAAUCAAUAAAGUUAAAGAACUACACUUUUAAGGUUUUAAACAACCAUUAUUUUAUAAAUUACAAAUACAAUAUAUUUCUAGAUUCAGAUAUGUUACGAAUAGAUUUAGAUGAGAAUUAUAAUACAACAGGAUUUAAAGAGAUUGUAAAUUUUUUGCGCAAUACAAAAAUAUCUACAAAUGAAAAGACUCUUGUAAACAAAAUUAAAGAAAAAAUAAAUAAAAUCAACACGUUUAAUGAAAAUUUUAAAGAAAUUUUAAAAAAGCAUAAAAGCAAGGGAGAUGUUUACUACUAUUUGAGAAAACAGAAAAAUUCAUUUUGUAAAUAUAAAGAAUCUUCAAUUACACAAAAUGGCAUACUAGUCAUUUUAUUCAAAUACACUUACAUUGUUAAAAAUAAGAUAAUCUUAAAGAUAGACUUUUUCAAAAAUUUUAAUCUUCUUAAAAUAUUUUUAAUAAGAAAUUUACAAGGAGAAAUAUCUGAAACUUUGCUUAAAGUAAUAAAUGUACAACAUACAAUUUAUAAAAAAAUAAAUAUAAAAAAAGAUUGGGAAGACUAUUCUCUAAGGACAAUUUAUUUCGAAUCAAAAUUGUACCUAAAGAUUUUGAUUGAUGAUUUAUGUUUCAAUAUAUUUCCACUUUUUACAUAG